AUGCACCUAAGAAGCAGAUGGUGGCUUGCCUUACUGUAUUGUAAAGAUCCAGUCUCCAGAUCUGCGACCACUCCGAAGGUUGAAACCCGAGCUUCCUGUUUGCUGUCUCGCGCCUUUUAA